AAUAUCAUUCUAUAUAUUUAUUACUAAUAAAAAGUCCAACAAAAGAAAUGUUUUUUACAUCGGUCUAACAAUCACUAUUGACCGGUCCUACAUAAGAAUUAUUAGACCGCAACGUCACUGUUACGUCACAGGUAGUUUUCGUUCAAUUUCGGCGUCACGGAAAUAACCGAAGCUGAGUGCUGCAAGAGUUGUCGUUUGCUACAAAGAUGGCGUCACACAGUAGGUUCUCGAAUACAGACGAGAGUGAAAUUGAAAGUAUACUUAACGAAAGGGACAGUAAGAACACUAAGAACGUAAUUAGAUCCGCUGAAAACAUUUUAAACGAAUUUUUAGUGCAUACAUGUGAUACUUCUCUGUCGGAAUUACGCUUAAAGCCAAAUGAAGAGAUCUGUAAUGUUCUUCGAAAAUUCUACUGUGGGGUACGAAAACAAGAUGGAUCAAUGUACGCAAAGUCUUCGAUGAUAUCCAUGAGGUUUGGUCUUCAGAAGUCGUUCAUGAAAUCAAAUGAUAUUGACAUUGUUAACAAUGAAGAAUUCAGUCGUGCUAAUGUGGUGUUUUCGGCUUGUCUCGUGAAAAUUAAGAGAGAGGGGACUGGAGAAGUAAAGCAUAAAGAAAUCAUCAGUGACGGAGACAUGAAAAAACUGUAUGACUGUGGCGUUUUCAAUGUUGAUAACCCCAAGACUUUACAAUGGAAGGUUUUUUUUUGAAAUUAUGUUACAUUUUUGUAACAGAGGACGAGAGAACUUAAGAAACAUGGAAAAAGAUGAUUAUAUCAUUAAUGUAGAUGCGGAUGGGAGGCGCUUUGUUGUGAAUAACAUAUCACGACUAACGAAGAACCACAGGGGAGACUCUGGGGAUGAUGACACUAAUGCUGCCCGCAUGUACGAACAACCAGGAAACCCAAAUUGUCCGGUGGCUAGUUUUGAAAAAUAUAUUCAAAAACUGAAUCCAGAAUGCAAGUCGCUGUGGCAAAGACCAAAAUCACUGCCAGCAUCAUUUGACCCUGACAACCUUGACCUGUGGUAUGACAAUAUGGUGGUGGGGAAAAAUACACUUGGAAAAUUUAUGCAGUUAAUCAGCAAAGAGGCCAAACUUGCCACAGCAUACACUAAUCAUUCUAUAAGAGCAACAUGUAUUACAAUCUUGGACGAAUCGGGGUACGAAUCGAGACAUAUAAUGGGGAUAUCAAAGCAUAAAUCUGAGACAAGUUUGAAACACUAUUCUUCUAAAUUGAGUGAAAAACGUAAGAGAGAUAUGUCAGAUACUUUGAGCAGGAAAAUACAUGUGUCAAAAUUUCAUGGUUCAGAAGUAUUUCAAUCAAGGUCCUCAUCAUCAAGUGUUCAGUCAAUCACAUAUUCUCAUGGAUCAUCAUCUAUGUCUCUUCAACCAACCUCAAAUGCAGCCCCCGGGGCUUUCAACGAAAUAGUGCAACCAGUUUCCGAAUCCACUGACUGGCUUGGUGAUGUUGAUGAUGACGCACUUGCAGCAGUGUUAAAUGACCCUACGAUCUUUGCAAAUAUUCAGGAAAUUCCAAAGUCUUCAGUGUCCACUGUAACGCCUUAUAACUUUCAUGGCUGUACUGUUACAAUUAACAAUUAUUCAUCCAAUACAGGGGGUCAGUCAUAGAUAUCUGUGAUUUACUUUCUGUGAUAAACGGUUGUGAUAUCCAAUGUGUUAACUAAACUGUGAUUAACGAAAUUUAUUAUUUCUGUUAUUUAAUUAUUAAUUUCUCUGUUAAAAUUAUAACAUAGUUAAUAUUUUUAUUGUUUGUUAAAGUUUUUUUUAAUUGUUGAAGCCAAAAAGUGCAAAUGAAUUUAUUGUUAAAAAUAUUUGUUGAUUAAAUCAGUUCUUAAGUCUUCA